AUGAAGGAUAUUGUGAAAGAUUACGACCUAAGCCCUACCCGACGGCCCACCAACUUACAUGCUGAAGAUGCAGCAUUGUCCCAUGUCGAUAGUGAUUUGCGAGGCAAAUUCCAGGCUCGGCUUCAGCUUCCAUGGUACAAGAAGUGGACGAUCCUAACUGUUAUCUUUGUCGUUCAAAUGUCCAUGAACUUCAACAGCAGCACAUACUCCAAUGCCGUGGUACAGUUAUCGGAACAUUUCCAUAUCAGCCAGCAAGCGGCUCGAGCGGGUCAAAUGAUCUUUCUGGUGACCUACGCCUUUGGCUGCGAGCUAUGGGCACCCUGGAGCGAAGAAUUUGGUCGAUGGCCGAUCAUGCGGCUGAGCCUUCUCUUUGUAAAUACUUGGCAGAUCCCCUGUGCCUUGGCACCUAACUUCGGCACUAUGGUGGUUUGUUGCGGUCUCGGUGGACUUUUCUCAGCAGGGGGCUCCGUCACGCUAGGCAUGACUGCCGAUAUGUGGGAGCCAGAUGACCAGAGUUUUGCUGCGGCAUAUGUGGUCUUGAGCUCCGUCAGUGACACCACAAUCAGACCCAUAUUCGGAGGUAUGAUGGAGCAAUGGUUAAACUCGCGAUGGAACUUUUGGAUCCAGCUUAUCUUCGGCGGUAUCACCCAAGUUCUCCAGUGUUUCCUUGUUACUGAAACACGAUCUACCAUUCUAUUAGAUCGGGAAGCAAAACAUCGGCGUAUGACUAGCGAGGACCACAAUGUUCAUAGCCCCAACGAGCUCAAACCUUCUCGAUUUGAUGCCAAAGGAAUUCUCCGGGUAUGGCGCCGACCGUUCGAAAUGUUUCUGCGCGAGUCUAUUGUGCUCUUUCUGUCUCUUCUAAACAGCUUUUCGGAUGAGCUAAUCUUCACAUGCAUUGAGUCAUUUUCUUUGGUCUUCAAGUGGUGGGGCUUCAAUCCUUGGCAGGUAGGAUUAUGCUUCAUCGCUAUCGUCGUGGGGUAUUUAGUUGCAUAUGCCAUCUUCUUGCCCGAUAUUUACCGUCAACGUCUGAUCCGACGUCGCGAGGGUGAUACAGCUCGGGUAGCUGAGCUAGAGACGAUCGGACUCUUCGGUUUCGCCUGGACAUCCAUAGGCCCAGAGUAUACUCAUUGGAUGGUGCCUCUAGUAUUUGUUGUUCUGAUUACUAUCGCCAAUUAUGGCAUCCACAUGGCCACGAUAGACUAUAUGGUCGCGGCUUAUGGCGAGUAUUCCGCGUCCGCUACCGGUGGCAACGGAUUCGCACGAGAUCUGCUCGCUGGUCUCUCCGCCAUGUACGCGACCCCGAUGUAUACCAACAUCGGAGGACGCUUUCACCAUCAAUGGGCUAGCACCAUUUUUGCCUGUUUGGCCGAAAUUCGGGCUAGGAGCAAGUUCGCACAGAGCCUUGCGGCGGACAGGCAAAGGCACGCGACUGCACGUCGGACCAGUCAGCUCAGUGCGUCAAGAAAGGAGUCCCUGGCGUAG